CGUAGGCUCCACUGCAUUGGCUGUUCGAGCCUGUCACCUUUUUACACCCAAACUCCCGUCUACCCAACGAGAGCGCCUCUCGGGCUCAGUUGAUACAGGGUUUAUUAAUUGUGCGCGGGUCGAUUUACAUUGUUGUAAAACAGAUUGAACAGUUUGUUUCCCAACACCGACGACGCUCCUGCAGUUUGUCAUGGCCACACGCAUACGACCGAGCAGUAAGAGGUGUGCAGUGAUCGGAGGCUCAGGAUUCCUGGGUAGACACCUGGUAGAGAAGCUGUUGGGUAAAGGCUACACUGUGUCGGUGUUUGACAUCAGACAGAGCUACGAACUACCAGGUGUCACCUUCCACCAGGGAGACCUCUGUGACAAACAGGCUCUCCUAACAGCCCUCCAAGGUGUCUCCCUGGUGUUCCACUGUGCCUCUCCAGCCCCAGCCAGUGAUGACAAGGCUCUGUUCCAGAGAGUCAACAUCCAGGGGACACAGACUGUCCUACAGGCCUGCACUGAGGCUGGAGUACAGAAAGUGGUACUGACCAGCAGUGCCAGUGUGGUGUUUGAAGGAACAGACAUUAAGGAUGGGAGAGAAGACCUUCCCUACGCCAAGAAGCCCAUCGACUACUACACAGAGACCAAGAUAGAACAGGAGAAGCUGGUUCUGAAGGCAUGUGACAAGGAGAAGGGCCUCCUGACAGUGGCCAUCCGACCUCACGGUAUCUUCGGCCCCCGGGACCCCCAGCUGGUGCCCAUCCUGGUUGACACGGCACGCAGGGGCAAUAUGAAGUUCAUUAUCGGUGAUGGUUCUAACCUGGUGGAUUUCACCUUCGUGGACAAUGUGGUUCAUGGACUCAUCCUGUCUGCUGAGAGUCUGAGGCCAGAGUCUCCUAUCUGUGGCAAGGCGUACCACAUCACUAAUGACGAGCCUGUCCGGUUCUGGGACUUCAUGUCAGAUAUUCUAGUAGGUCUGGGCUACGCUGCUCCGCGCUACAACCUACCCUACACACUAGUCUACGGGCUGGCUCUGCUGCUGUGGCUGCUGUCUCUGUUACUACGCCCCCUAGUGGCCUUCAAGCCCACUUUCACCCCCAUGAGGGUGGCCCUGGCAGGUAAACACCACUUCUACAGCUGCUCCAGAGCCAAGCAGGACAUGGGGUACAAGCCUGUGGUCGGUCUAAAGGAUGGAAUCAGACGCACGGUGGAGAGCUAUCCUCAUCUACGACAUGGAGCCUGAUGACUACCUGCAAUAUGGUAGUCUGGAAACCAAACUGAUAUGCUCUGUGUAACAAUGGUGAAAUGGAUCGUAUCAGUUUUGAUUUCAGGCUAGUGGUACAGAACCUCACUUGAGUCCUAACUUGACGUCUAUGCACAUGAAUCACUGCUGUCAAUGAGAGAAAAACAUUUGAAGCUGUGAGUUGUGUACAGUUAUCAAGUUAAGAUUCAACCCGAAGGGUCCGGACUGUUUCAUACUCUCACCAGUGUCUUGAGUCUUGUUCUUUAGGUAACAAAUGUUUUAUUUUCAAACAAUAUAUUUGUGGGCCCAUAAUACUAACUGGGGGUAUAAGCCUGUGAAAUGAGUGCUCUCUCUCUCUCAUGUCUAUGGACCUAUGAGGAUCUGUGAACUCUCACCUUUCCUAGGACAGUCAGUAACACAUUUUUGCCUGGCUUCAGUACCUCUCCACCAAUAGACCAGCACACAUUUCUUCUCAAUGUGGAUACACAAUCUAACAUUGUUUCCAGCACUUCCUCUUGCCAUUAUUCAUGAGCACUCAUUUUGAUGUACUGUGACUGUUUUCCCUCUACAGCCACCUUGUUUCUAGUCUCUUAUACAAAUCACAAGCCAUCAUGCAGUUUGUUCAUUUAAAUCACAAGCCAUCAUGCAGUUUGUUCAUUUAAAUCACAAGCAUCAUGCAGUUUUUGUUCAUUUCAAAUAAAAUAUCUUAUGUCUUACAUUCCCUUAAUCUAAACAUUGUACAGUUUAUUAAAACAAGAACAUAGAAUGUGUUUGUAUAGGAAUUAACAUAUAAUAAAGUUUGUUCACCCUCA